AUGGAGUCAGCAACGCCGCUUUCACACGAGAUGCAGAUUUUGGAUGGACUAAUCGAGCCACAUCUUCAGUCUCUGGAAGAGAAAAGUCACUGGCCAACAUGGGCGAUGAUUCUCGUUGUUGUAUGCAUCAUCUUGUCUCUUCUGGCAUUCUUCCUCGGAAAUUUUAUCACAAAGAAAACCACCUCAGUCAGAAACAAAAGCAGCACUCGCCCAGACGGAAAAGAGCGCGAGCGAAAAUGGGGAGCAGGAUUUUCCGGUGGAUUGUGGGCUGCCGCCUAA